AUGGCAGUAGCUAGAGAAAAAACUGAGAGAAAAAAACGAGCAAAAAAACAACGAAAAGCACUUUCCUUGGUAAACCCUUGGCACACGCCACCGUCGCAAGGCCCUCCUCCAUCUCUGGACCGCCUUUCCGACGUAACCACCUCGAAGAAACUUUACUCUACAGCAUACGUCUUGUCGUAA